UGAAGUAAAGCGCUGCAUGUCGUAAGAGGCGAAGAAGAAGAAGACGCCGCGGCGGACUCCUGCUAGCAGCUAACAAGCAAACAAUUGCAGCGAAAUAUUAAAUAAUCUCGGUAAGAAAAUAUAAAUAGUUUGGAGGAGACGGCUGGCAGAAUGGCCACCGCGACGCUCCAGUCCUUCAACCUCUUCCUGACGGAGAGGUUAACCGCCGCGGCCGUGGACAUUUUCGGGUUUGUGGAGAAGACGGUGCUGGAGUACCAGGAGGAGGUGCAGCGGACCCGGCAGGAGAACCAGCGGCUGCAGCGGCUGCUGGACCUGCUCUACCAGCCGGAGGUCCGGCUACACCGGGCAGAUGCCAAACAGGCGACUCUAUCUGUUCCAGCGGACGUGAUUGCCCCGAAGCAGCAGGAGUGGAGCCCCAUUUUAGACCAGGAGGAGCCGGGACCUUCACAUAUUAAGGAGGAGGAGGAGAAGCAGGAACUCUGGACCAAUGGAAAUGAGGAGCAACUCUCAGCGGAGGACAGCGACGAGGGGGACGCCUUGACGAAAGAACUCAUCAAAACAGUUCAGGAGCUGGAAAACAACGCAGCAACCGAGAGGAACAGUGAGCCGAAGCUGUCCGACGCAGAGGAUCCGGAUCCGGAUCCGGAUCUGGACGACUCCGAGGCAAAGACGAGCAGCACGACCUUGUAUCGCUGCCAUAUAUGCAAUUACAUUUUCACCAAAAAAACUGUGCUCAAGUGGCACCUCAAGACCCACGAAAGCAAGACACAUGAUGGCAAAGGGAACUUUGACUGUCAGAUAUGUGGUAAGCAUAUACCUUGCCAGAGUAACCUGCAGAAUCACAUGAGAGUCCACACGGGAGAAAGACCCUACAGCUGCCAUUUUUGUGGGAAGUCUUUCAAACUGAAAGGGCAUAUGACAGAGCACAUAAGGACUCACACUGGGGAGAAGCCCUUCAGCUGCCACAUCUGUGAAAAGUCUUUCAAUCGAGGUUCAACCUUAAGGAAACACGUUUUGGUCAAACAUAAAGAGCAGAGACCGUACAAAUGCGAGGACUGCGAUGAGCUGUUUACUGAAAGGCUGCUGAUGAAAAGGCACAUGCGAAAAGUUCACGGCAUCAAGCUGUCCACGGGACAGAUGCCCGUCUGAGAGAACUUCAGACAAAGUCUGACUGCUGUGUGAUGCAGAUUGCAUGUGAUCAGAAAUGUCAGUGGAGGAUGGGGAACAUUAACAGAGGCCUCAAAGGGAUGUAACUACAAUAAAACUCUUUUGCUGUAGAGAUGAAGCUGGGCAACUGGAAGGACGAAUCAUCCGAAGGAAGCGACUGUUCUUUUCAAAAGGCAAACAUCAAAUGUGACUUUCGAUACAACAAAAUACUUAAAGAGCAGCUGUAGACUCGCUCAUGUUCGUGUACUGCCUCACAUUUUUGUAAUUGUGAACCUCUUACUGAAGGUCCAGCGGUGCCCAUUUCACUACGUCCUGUGUUUGUAGCUUUGGUGAUUAUUGAUAGUAGCUACAGAAUUUUAUUGUGCGACACAGGAACCACCAGCUAUUCAAGAUUAUAAAACAAUGGUCUAUAUCAGUGUGUGACCAUCCUCUGUUUUGAAUCAGGAUUUGUCUUAAAACUCUAAACAGAGUUGACUACAUUAACAUCUGAAACUGUUUUGAACCAGUGACUCCGGUGUUGCACAGUAAUAGCCCACUGCUAAUUACCAAAGGCUAUGAGUAUAUAUAUAUAUAUAUAUAUAUAUGUGUAUAUAUAUAAGUGAGUUCUAUUACAUUUUUUUUCUUGUGCCAAAGUUCAGUUAUGAGCCUGAUGUAAACCAGGUGUGUUAACCUGCAAAUAUAAGACUUGAAAGUCCCCCCAGAAAACAGACUUGGGUGAAAUGCGUCACUGUAGUAUUUUGUGUUUUCUGUCUUACUCAUUCGUGUAGCUGAACGAAUAAGAAAAGUAAAAUGUCAAACCAGAAAGUUUCCAGGCUAGACUAGCCAAGGGCAGUCAAUUAUGACAACUGUAAAAAGGUUAAGCAAGACGCUGCAGAAAAUUAGGUUCAGACUCAAUGAAACGUGAAGCUUUAACCCGCGUCACCUGAGGAGAUUUCCCCUGAGCGACAAGGCCCGAGCAGGAAGAUUACAUUCACAUUGUACGGGGAGGAAGGUGGAGGUGGGAAAGAUUCCCAUUUCUACGGCUGGCAAGGUUUCACAUCAGCUAGAGAGAUGAAGGGUGAUCAAGAAAAUAAAGUAAAACAACAUUACAUUUCAUCAAAUCCAUAUCAAAUGGUAACUCCAUUAAACUGCUAAUUUCACAAAAACUGGUUUGUGAUGCAUUUGAGCUUCUGUAGGUAACUUUCCUUAAUAAUUUUGACAGACCAACAGUAUACACAGAGAGUCCGAUCCAAACUCAAUGCACGGAGAAGAAAAAUCCGGUCUUCCAGGCUGUUCCUGGCAGUGUAAUCUCAUUAAUUUCGGUUUUUAAAAGCAUAACGGGAUGAAUCAAAACAGCCAAUCACCUUAGUCCAGUCACGUCAUGUGCACAAGACACUGAAUCUCAAGUGGGUGCUGUUUGGUCACGUCAUGUGCACAAGACACUGAAUCUCAAGUUGGUGCUGUUUGAAUUCAAAUGCUCAAAACGAUAGUCUGCCCACUUCAGAGUCACCCACGGACUUAAAAUUUAGAUUUAUUUACAUUUGGUUGCCACUUUCCACAUACUUGAAAAUGAUUUAGUAUCUUACUGUAAAAUACAAGAUUCCUUGAAAUUGCAAGUUCGAUGUUGACGUGAACGCUGUUUACAAAUCUGAAGAUGUGCUAAAUACAAUAUGACAUAUUUGUCCUAUUGCAACCUCAUUUAAAAGAACUCUUCCUGAAACAGUAAAACUCAGAAAUUGAUGUAUAAUCAUCUCCAUCAAUCACAAUGAGCCUCACAUACAGCCAGUUUAGACCAGGGUAGGUUGUGCAAACUGUCUGUAAAUCAACUUAUAUAUAUAUAUAUAUAUAUAU